AUGUUAAAAAAUAAUCCAAAAAGUUUAAUUCAGCGGGCAUUAAUUAGUACUGAUCGUCAAAAAUUAAUUACAGAGUACUUUAAAUCUAAAUUUGAAAACAAUCAAAUAAAAAAAUAUCCUGAAUCAGAUGUUGCAAAAUCGGGUCCGGAAAUUGAAUUAUUGAAAGCAUGCAGAGAGUUAUCACAGAAUGAAAGAGAACUCGAAGCAAAACAUGAAGAGUAUGUUGAAAAACGUAAAUUUAUGAAUCAACAAUGGAAUGAAAUGAGAAGAAAAGAAUCAUUAUUACGGGAAUCUUUUAUUAAAUUUGAUAAUUUCGUUAAGGAAAAUUAUGAAAAACGUUUACGUGCUCAAAGGAAAAUUAAUGAAGAAAAAGAACGCCAAAAAAUAUAUGAGAAUCAAAUUUCAGAGUUAGAAGGAAAACUCACAUAUCUGGCAGCUAUACGUGAUAAAAUGCAAAAAUAUGUUAAAGAUUACAAUUCAUCACAAAUUUAUUUAGAAUCAGUUGUGAAUAAAAUUGAAGAAUUUCAAUCAAUUAAUCAGAUUUUUAAUCGAUACGAAAGUUUAAUGGAAGUGAGACAAAAUCUGGCUGAACAUCAAAACAAAGAUCUUCACACUCUUGAAGAAAUUGGUAUUGAGAUGCAACGAAUGACUGAAGGAAAAGGGCACACGUUGAUCAGUUUAAACAACCAACUUGCAACUUUACAAAGCAGAUACGACCGCGUUAAAGUAGAAGCACUGAAGUGGGAAAGUGCAGUAUCGCGAAUAAAAUCAACAUCAGCUGAAAAAACUCUCGAGCUAAUAAGAAUUCGGCUUGCAUGCUGGAAUCUUUAUACUCAAAUGUGUAAACGGAAAGGCAUUCCAACAGAUGUUUCAAAAAAUGACAUUGAAAAUCAAUUAGUUCACAUUAAACGAACGAUUGCUGAACUUAAACGAAUUGUGAAAACAGCAAAAAAACGUUACACAAAAGCAAAUAAAUCUGUUAAUAAAUAA